GCCGAUAAGAGGCGGCGCCGGCCGCCCGCGUCCGGCGCGGGGUUUGUGGUGCGGCCGGGCGGAGGUGGAGGCGGGGCGGCCUGGCGUCUUCUCCGACUACCUGGAAGGGCCCCGUCGAGCAGGCAAGCGAGGCCGCGGGCCCGCCCCCCGCUUUCCUCACAGCGCCUGCCGAGGAGCCUCGCUCCGCGCCCCAACAUGGCGGCGGGGCGCUGCGGCCCGCUGCUGACGGCGCUCCUGGCCGCCUGGGUCGUGGCGGCGGCGUCGGAGGCCGGUCCCGAGCAGGCCGCGCUGCCGGAGGAGCGGAGCCGGGUGCGGCCCAUGACCGCCGCCAACUGGACGCUGGUGAUGGAGGGAGAGUGGAUGCUGAAAUUUUAUGCCCCUUGGUGUCCAUCCUGCCAGCAGACUGAUUCAGAAUGGGAGAUGUUUGCAAAGAAUGGUGAAAUACUUCAGAUCAGUGUGGGGAAGGUAGAUGUCAUUCAAGAACCAGGUUUGAGUGGCCGCUUCUUUGUCACCACUCUCCCAGCGUUUUUUCAUGCAAAGGAUGGCAUAUUCCGCCGUUAUCGUGGCCCAGGAAUCUACGAAGACCUGCAGAAUUAUAUCUUAGAGAAGAAAUGGCAAUCAGUUGAGCCUCUGACUGGCUGGAAGUCCCCGGCUUCUCUAACGAUGUCUGGAAUGGCUGGUCUUUUUAGCAUCUCUGGCAAGAUAUGGCAUCUUCACAACUAUUUCACAGUGACCCUUGGAAUUCCUGCUUGGUGUUCAUAUGUCUUUUUCGUCAUAGCCACCUUGAUUUUUGGCCUUUUCAUGGGUCUGGUCUUGGUGGUAAUAUCAGAAUGUUUCUAUGUGCCACUUCCAAGGCAUUUAUCUGAACAUUCCAAGCAGAAUCGGGAGUCAGAGGAGGCUCACAGGGCUGAACAGUUGCAGGAUGCAGAGGAGGAAAAAGAAGAUUCAAAUGAAGAAGAAAACAAGGACAGCCUUGUAGAUGAUGAAGAGGAGAAAGAAGACCUUGGCGAUGAGGAUGAAGCAGAGGAGGAAGAGGAGGAAGACAACCUGACUGCUGGUGUGGAUGAGGAGAGGAAUGACGCCCAGGACCAGGGUCCCCUGAGAGAGGCGCAGGAAGACGUAGAAGCUGAUGCGACUGAAGACGACGUCCCUCAGCAGCGCUCUUCAGCUGACACAGAGGUGGCGGAAGACACAUUGAGGCAGCGCAAAAGUCAGCAUGCUGAUAAGGGACCAUAGGUUUAAUGACAGUAUUUCCAAGAAUACAGACCAAAGGAAUAUGUCAGCUUUCCUCUGGUCUGCGGUUUAAACCAAAUCCUUAUUUUGUCCUGAAUGAGCAAGCUUCUCUU